AUGCAGCUUUAUAGAGCAAAGCAAAAGGCACAAGAUAUUAUUGAUGGUAGCCACGGUGAUAGCUAUAGCUUGCUGCCAAAGUAUUGUGUCAUGAUUAUGAAUACAAAUCCUGGUAGUAUAGCUAAGAUUCAAUUUGAAAUGACUUUGGGAUCGGCUGUUCCUUCAGUUAAAAGAAUGUUUGUGGGGUUAGAUGCACUAAAGAAAGGAUUUUUUGGUGGCUGCCUUCCUUUCAUAGGAUUUGAUGGAUGUCACUUGAAAGGGCCGUAUGGAGGGGUUUUACUUUCUGCAAUUGGUCUAGAUGGAAAUAAUGGAUUGUAUCCUAUUGCUUAUGCCAUUGUUGAGAGUGAGAAUAAAGAAAGUUGGAUGUUUUUCUUUGAAUGGUUAGCUGCAAUGCUUGAUGACUUUCGAAGGGAUAGGCCUUGGACUUUCAUGACUGAUAGGCAAAAGGGACUGAUUGAAGCCAUUAACUCUAAGGUACCAUGGGCAGUGAACAGAAAGUGUUGCAGGCAUAUAUAUAGCAAUUUUAGAGGCCAUUUUCCAGGAGUUAUGCUUAGGCAAUUAUUUUGGCAAGCUUCCAGGGCUUACACUGAAGUAAACUUUAAGGAGGCUAUGGCCAAAAUUAAGGAUUUAAAACCUGCAGCCCACGAGUGGCUGGAGAAAAUUCCUUAUCACCUGUGGUCUAGGCAUGCUUUCCCCACAGAUUUGAAGAAUGAUCACAUCACAAACAACAUUGUUGAAUCUUUCAAUCAUUGGAUAGGAGAUCUAAGGGGUAAGAAUGUGUUAACAUUGCUGGACAAUAUUCGAUCUAAGUUGAUGAGUAGGCUGUUAAAAAGAUUUGAAAAAGGCUGUCUUUAUAAGAAUAAUGUGGUUUCAAAUGUGAAAAACAGACUUAAUGUAUGGAACUUGUCUGGAAUACCAUGCAAGCAUGCAACAGCUGUUCUUAUUAACAAGAGAGAAGAUUUGGAAAGUUAUUGUGAUUUUAGCAAGACAAAAGAAUUUUACAUCAGAGCAUACAAUGAAGUCAUUCAUCCAAUCCCAGAUGUAAAGUUUUGGCCACCUAUUGAAGUGAAUCCUUCAAAAGUACUACCACCAGUAUUUAGAAGAAAAGCUGGCAGGCCAAGAAAGGCCCGGAGAAGGGAGCAAGGAGAAGCACCAACUAUAGGCCAAGGAAAAAGAUCAUCCACGCUGAAUGGAAUGGAACCCCGUGUAUCUACUGGAACUAGCAUACCAACAUCUACUUAUUGUCCCACACAAGAAUCAGUUACUCUACCUGCUGGAAGUACACAACCUCCCAUUGAAGUCUCUCAGGGAGAAAGCAAUACUAGACAUGUUGCUUUAUCUCAAACACCUGAAGAAAUGUUUGGGAGUUCAAGAGCUUCAAAUCUACCGGGCAAAAAUCUUGCUGCUAUAGUCAUUGGAAGAAGAUCAGUUGCUGGCAACAACAAUGGAGGGUCAAUAUUAGGAUCUAUUCCUACUUCAGCACAACCAAGGCCUACAUCAACAUUGCCAGCAACUUCUGAAAAAAAUUCUCAAUCUAAAUAUGCAAUGUUCUAG